AUGGCUGUCAUUGUUGUCCAUAGCAAGAGGUUAGCAGCAUACGUACAUAUAGAAGGCAAAACGAGCAGGUAGCUAGUAGAGAAACAAAUGAGUGUGAAGAAAGAGACCUGAAAGUGCUGUUGAGCCGGUGUGUUCAUCAGACAAAAAAAAACCCAGCAACAAUGGGAGGCACUUCUGCAGAUCUUCACCACCAUGAAUCAGAUAUAGAACUCACUGAUGCUGAAAGGACUGACACGAAGUUAGGGGCUUCUGAUUCAAAAGCUGGCAAUGAUGUUGGACUUGACAGUGGCACCAAAUCCCAGGCUGAAGCUGAAGGACAACACUACGUGGAGGUGACCAUGGACAUUCAUCGUGACUCUGUGGCAUUACACAGUGUUAAAACUGUUGCAGCCGGUGUUGACAUGGUGGAAGAAGAAGGUGAUAAAUUGGGUUUGAUGGGCAAGAGGCUUGAGAAGAAAACAACCUUUGGUGCCUCUGUGGUUCAGAGUGCUGCCAAUCGCAUGAAGCAGCUGAAGCGUUUGGCAUCAUUUUCAAAACCAGCGCCCAAACACUUUGAAAGGACCAAGUCUGCAGUGGGUCAUGCUCUCACAGGGCUCAAGUUUAUCAGCAAGACCGAUGGUGGCGCAGGAUGGGGUGAGGUGGAGAAGCAGUUUAACAAGCUUACUGCUACCACUGGUGGCUAUCUUCCUCGUGCUCUCUUUGCCCAAUGCUUAGGGUUGAACAAGGAGUCUGAGGCUUAUGCAGAGAAGCUUUUUGAUACUCUUGCUAGGCAGAGAGGUAUUCAGGGGGGUUCCAUUAACAAGAUCCAGUUGAAGGAGUUCUGGGAUCAUAUUUCUGACCAGAGCUUUGAUACUAGGCUCAAAACAUUCUUUGACAUGGUUGAUAAAGAUGCCGAUGGCAGAAUUACCGAGGAAGAAAUUAAAGAGAUUAUCUGCCUUAGCGCCACUGCCAACAAACUGUCAAACAUCCAGAAACAAGCAGAGGAAUAUGCGGCUUUGAUCAUGGAAGAAUUGGACCCUGCUGACACAGGAUACAUCAUGAUAGACAACCUGGAGACGCUCUUGUUGCAUGAACCAGAGGAAACCACAAGAGGAGAAAGUAAAUACCUGAGCCAAAUGCUAAGUCAAAAACUUAAGUCUACAUUUGCCGACAGUGCAAUUAUGAGGUGGUGUAGAGAUGCCAAGUACUUCUUGCUGGACAAUUGGCAAAGAUCUUGGGUACUUGCACUUUGGAUUGGUGUGAUGUUAGGUCUUUUUGCCUAUAAAUUUGUGCAAUAUAGGAGAAAAGCAGCCUAUGAGGUGAUGGGCCAUUGUGUAUGCAUGGCAAAAGGUGCAGCCGAGACACUUAAAUUGAACAUGGCUCUUAUCUUGUUACCUGUUUGCCGCAACACCAUCACCUGGCUGAGGAAUAAGACCAAGUUAGGUGUUGUAGUUCCUUUGGAUGACAACAUCAACUUCCACAAGGUGAUAGCUGUGGCAAUAGCAGUUGCUGUUGCUGUACAUUCCAUCUAUCAUCUUACUUGUGAUUUUCCUCGCCUUCUUCAUGCAAGUGAUGAAAAGUACAAGCUGAUGCAACCUUUUUUCGGAGACAGACCAUCAGAUUAUUGGUAUUUUGUCAAAUCAUGGGAAGGAGUAACAGGGAUCAUAAUAGUUGUGCUAAUGGCAAUAGCCUUUACGCUGGCUAAUCCUAGGUUCAGGAGAGGCCGGGCCAAACUACCCAAACCUUUCAACAAAUUCACAGGUUUCAAUGCCUUUUGGUAUUCGCAUCACCUCUUCGUCAUUGUCUAUGCCCUGUUGGUUGUACAUGGAAUCAAACUUUACUUAACUAAGGAAUGGUACAAGAAAACGACCUGGAUGUAUCUGGCUAUUCCCAUCACCAUUUAUGCAUUGGAAAGACUGGUUAGAGCAUUCAGAUCGAGCAUUAAGUCCGUCAGAAUAUUGAAGGUGACUCUUUAUCCUGGAAACGUGUUAUCACUUAAAAUGUCAAAGCCGCAUGGGUUUAGCUACAAAAGUGGACAAUACAUGUUUGUGAACUGUGCUGCUGUGUCUCCAUUUGAAUGGCAUCCAUUUUCCAUAACUUCCGCCCCUGAUGAUGAUUACCUUAGCGUUCACAUAAAAAUACUUGGUGAUUGGACUCGAAGUCUGAAAGCCAAAUUCACACAGGCGUGCCAGCAACCCCUCAAUGGACAGAGUGGACUCCUAAGAGCUGAAUGCUUGAAAGGAGAUAACAGCCCAAGUUCCUUUCCAAAGGUUCUGGUGGAUGGUCCAUAUGGGGCGCCAGCGCAAGACUACAGGGAGUAUGAGGUGGUGUUGCUAGUGGGGCUUGGAAUUGGGGCUACCCCAAUGAUAAGUAUACUAAAGGACAUGGUGAACAAUUUUAAGGCCAUUGAUGAGGAGGAGGGAAUAGGUGGUGCUAAAUCACCAACGAGGUUGAGUGACUUCAAGACAAGUAGGGCAUACUUCUAUUGGGUGACUAGAGAGCAGGGUUCAUUUGACUGGUUCAAAGGGGUCAUGAACGAAGUGGCCGAAGAGGACCGAAGGAAAGUGAUUGAACUCCACAGCUACUGCACCAGCGUCUACGAAGAGGGUGAUGCUCGCUCUGCUCUUAUUGCUAUGUUGCAGUCCCUAAACCAUGCAAAGAAUGGAGUGGACAUUGUCUCUGGCACACGCGUCAUGUCUCACUUUGCCAAACCCAAUUGGCGCAGUGUCUACAAGCGCAUUGCGCUUAAUCAUCCAGAUGCCCGAGUUGGGGUAUUUUACUGUGGGCCAUCAGCCCUCACCCAUGAGCUUCGUCAGCUAGCAUUGGAUUUCUCUCACAACACAUCCACCAAGUACGACUUCCAUAAAGAAAAUUUCUGACAAGAUAGGGGAAUUAUCGGAGAUCAGGUGAAGGAUGAUGUGGAACGAGCUAAGGCGUCCACCUUGAUCCCCAUUCCCCACCACCUAGAUGAUUGCCUAUAAAUAAUUAAGUUUCUACAUAUGGUUGGUUGUUAUGGCUUUGUAAAAGCACGAAGGCUGGCGGCUGCUAAAUGGUUGAAGUAGUGAGUUGGCUACCAAUUACAAAAGGUGUGGGCGUCUGGUUGGAUGGCCCUAUUAUUGUGUCUGCGUGUCUUUGUGUCUAUGUAAAUUUAAGGAGAAAUAACCACAAGGGUAUUUUAUUUUUUCUCUUUUUGGAAGGACCUGGGAGAAACUAGAAAGUAAUACAGAAGGGAGAAUAAUGUCCAGCCGGAGUGCACUUGAUAGUUUGUAUUAAUCCACAAUGCCUUUUUGUUGAUCAAUUGCAGAAUUCAGAGAUUCAUUAUAAAUAUCAUACAUAACUUGUCCA